GCACGUGUGGACGCCACGUGCUGCCACGUGCCGCGCCGCGCCGCGCCGCGCCGCGCCCCGCCCAAGAUCGGCUUUGUGCCACCUCUUAGGCGGCGAGGGAAGGCGCUGCACUGGUAGACGACUUCGCGCCGCAGUUGGCAAAGGAAGGUAAUGAUUGCAGCCAAUAUCGAGCAUCGUCUUCUCCCCGAGCAACAGGCUUGUCCAAGGACGGCCGCCUUUCUCUCAAUGUCAUUGCGGCCGCCUUCUCCCUCGAAGCGGACGGCUAACAUCCUCGAAAAGAUCGAUAUGUAUGUAGCAGGCACUUGCCUUCAUACACGCAUAUGUAUAUGUGGUAAAGAGACGAACUACAGGGGGGAAAAGCGGGGCUGGGGGGAGGGGUCGGGGGAGGGGUAAGGGGCGUCUGGGCGGGGGGCGGGUGGGUAGGGGGUGUGUGCGUGGCUGGGUGGGUCUGUGUGUGUGUCUCUGGGUUGGGGAGAGAGAGAGAGAGAGAGAGAGAGAGAGAGAGAGAGAGAGAGAGAGAGAGAGAGAGAGAGAGGCGCCUCUCUCGACUGGACGUGAGUGGCUGCUGGCGCCCAUCAUCGGUCCUGAAGUGGACGAAGUUUGCACGUGGACAGCACAGUCGGACUCGGAGACCAUGGUAACGACUGUGGCUAUGUCGGCGCUCACGUGGGUGGGAGCCUGGUCAUCCAUGACUGUCGGUAUCAUGGUGGGGUUAACUCUGAGUGUGGUGUGGCUGUCGAGUUAUGCCUUCGAAUGGCUUUCUCAACUGGAUGAUGCGAGGAGGCUGGCGACCGAGGGGUACUUAGAGGAUUGUAAUUCUCUGGCCAAGGUUCCUCUCCCGUCGAUGUUCGAGCCCGCGACGAAGUAUCUGUCCAUUAUCAUUCCUGCGUUCAACGAGGAGGACAGGCUGCCCAACUUCCUCGACGAGACGAUGAGUUAUCUGAGGAAGCGCGCCGCCCGUGAGCGAUCUUUCACCUACGAGAUCAUCCUCGUUGAUGAUGGCAGUCGAGAUGGGACAUCAGCCGUUGGAUUCUCUUACGUCAAGAAGUAUUCGAUCGACGUGUUUCGUGUCAUACGCCAACGGAAUCGAGGCAAAGGCGCCGCUGUGAGAAAGGGGAUGCAAUGCGCGCGAGGUGAGCUGUUGUUAAUGGUGGAUGCUGAUGGUGCCACGAAGCUGCCCGAUUUCGAAAAGCUCGAGAGCCAGGCGUUCGACUUGAUGUCAAGAAGAUCGGCAUUAUCAGGGGGGGGGUCAAUCACGUCGGCGGGAAGCUAUUGGAGGUCGGAGGAGGAUCAAGCUGUCGCAGGGGCAGGAGCUGUCUCUUAUACACAUCUAGAUGUGUAUAACCAAACGUUGGCUAUCGAAUGCCCUCCUCCUUGCUAGGUGUUUGACAAUUUACGGCAUCGUCACAUUAAAAAAUAAAGGAGGUAAUUGUACAAAAGAAAUGUCUAAGUAUGCAUGAUUUGUCGUUUUGCACCCGUUAAAUGCUGCGAAGGGGAGGGGAGAGAGAGAGAGAGAGAGAGAGAGAGAGAGAGAGAGAGAGAGAGAGAGAGAGAGAGAGAGGGCCUGUAGCAUUUCAAUAUAUGAGCUGAUGACAAGGGACAGUCACUUGAGUAAUAAAUGCAAUAAUGAUGA